AUGUUGUCUUCAAAUUCGAGAACCAGAUCCAGUGGACCAGUCUUGUCGUACGGAUUUCAGAAAUCGAACUCUCCGUCUGAAAGAUUUCGCUCUUCAUCGUCGUCGUCGACCGCUUUCGCGUCUGCAAGUACGAGUUUCUCUCCUCGAUCUACUGGUUUCUUCAAUAGAUCAACUUCUCCAACUCGCGCCAAUCUCUGUGGUUCCGUUCCGUCUUCUCCCUCCGUUCGGUUUUCAAUCGAUCGAUCUCUCUCUCCUAGCAGGUCGAUUGCCGUUUCGCCUCGUGAUCAUGUCGUAAGAAAGCAGAGUAAUCCUCCUUCAGCUCCAUCAUCAUCGUCGAGGAGGACGUGUAUGUGUUCGCCGACAAAUCAUCCUGGUUCGUUUCGUUGCAGUCUCCACAAAGGUGUCGAUAAUCACCAUCAUCAGGCGGGAUCGUAUCCGUCGUCUCAUCGAUUGAACGCUCGGAGAUCGGCGAUGACAAAUUCUCUUGUUCGGAUUGGUACUGUUGAGGGAGAAUUGGUUAAGAGAGCUUUGGCAGCUUUGAUCAGACCUUCUUCUCAUCAGCAGAAGAGAAGAGCGUCUUUCCAGCCAAGGCCUAGCCGGUUUUCUGUAAUGUCAAAAGCUGAAGACUUGUGAUCAAUCGAGCAGGUUCGUUCAA